UUUAUAGAAGAGGAUUUUAAUUUUAGAACGAAAGAGGACCACACCGUUCAUGCUGAACUUGUUGAGAACGCUCCAACAAACUUUUUAAAGGAAUUUUAUUCCCAAAAAUGUGGUGUAACAUUUCGAAGUAAACGCAUGGAGGCACCGUUCUUUGACGUUACUUAUAAAGUAUUUGUUGAGACAUUUCAUAGAUGAGAGAUAUUUUUCCCUUGCGAUGCUCAACAAAAACAUUAGGAAAAUUCCCUCUAGGCUACGCCCAUAAGAAAGUACAGAGAGAAAGUGCUACCAACCUGGGACAAACGGCGUAAAAAAUUGUGGCUACUCGCCUCUAUUCUCCCGAUGAUCCUCGCGAAGUACGUGGACAAAAACAGCACCCCUUGGCAAUGUUUAUCAUCCCUACUUGAAAUCAUGGGAAUAGCUUUUUCUGAAAAAAUAUCCACUGAAAUUGUUAUGUACCUAAAAACGGCUAUAAAGGAACAUUUAUCUUUGUUUAAAAAUGAAUACGGAGCAAGGUUGAUCCCAAAACAGCACUACCUGGUCCACCUGCCCUGCCAAGUGCUCAAAUUUGGCCCCCUGAUCAGGACCUGGUGUAUGUGCACAAGGAGAAACAUUCUUUUUUUAAAGACCUCGCAAGCAACAUUAACAACUUUAAAAAUCUUCCCUACUCCCUAGCCAUGAAGCAUCAAAAGGUUGAAUGUGCCAAUUCAAUUGUGUUUGACGAAUACACAGAUACCAGUCCACUAUUUGGCCAUGAGGAACACAAUGGAAAGGUCAAGGUCCUUGUUGGCGCAGAGGCGAAAUUAGUUAAAGAGUCUAUUGGGCGAUUUUAUAAAGUAGAA